AUGUCGUCCGCAUCGUCGGCCCUGCCUGGCCGUCAAUCCCACGCUCGGACGAGCUCGCACUCGCUGCUCACAGGUGCUCUCAACGCCAACCACCGAGUGACUCGACGCAAGUCGGUCACCAACCCGAAUACCAAUGUUGCCGCGAUCGCCGCUGCUCUACGGGAAAGUGAGCUUUCUGGCGCCUUGCCCAUUAACAACGGUGUCCGUCGUAUGUCCAAGAGCGCCGCUGCUCGGGCUGCCAUCGCUGGUAGCCUUCCCUCUCCGCCCGCUAGCCUCCCAAACCACAAGUCGAUACCCGAAACGAAGCAAGAACUCAAUGGUAGCGCCAUCGAGGAUGACAUGAACGAUGGGUCGGCUGAUGAAGGAACCACCAAGUUCCAGAAGGCCCGCCAACGCCGUGCAAGCGACGGCCAGACUCUCAAGGAGAGCAAGAAGAGCAACAGGGUUGAGGUUCGCUGUGACAAGUGCGGUAAAGGCUACAAGCAUAGCAGUUGUUUGACUAAGCACUUGUGGGAACACACACCUGAAUGGGCCUUGACCUCCAAGCUGCUCAUUUCGAAGCAUCAGCAAGUCCAGCUACUUGAAGCCGCUUCUGUUCUUGUAACAAUGAACGGUAUGGAGAGCAUCGGUGAUACCCCUCCUGAGUCUACCAAGGACUUCCAGAGUGAAGCAGGGUCAUCUUCACCUGCUGCGUCCGGAUACUCUGAUCCCGUGGAACGACAGAGCUCUGCCGACACUACCCCACCUCCAGUUGCCGAAGGGGUCAAUGUUAACGGCACAUCGUACCGAAACAAGCGGUCCAGCAGCAACGCUGGGUAUGCGAGAAGUUUCCAGUCAGCCUCGGCUGCGUCUUAUGGAGCUGGCAGUGUGCCGUACGGCUCAGGCUUCGGUCACUACCGUCAGCCAAGCCACGAUCAUCGUCCAGGUUCGUCUGGACGAAAUGCAACAGGCGAAGACGAUCGGGAUCUUGCUGCUGCCGUUGAGCUGCUCAGCUGCAGUUUUGGCAGUAACAAUGGAUCUCGUACCGCCACGAUUCCUGAAGAUGCGCCCCCUGUACCUCCGGUGCCGGCGCAGUACCUAGGUCAAGCAACAUCGCUAUCGACGGCGAGCUUUAUCAACAGCUUUCCACGUCGUCAACCCGAGAGCUUCACUCGCGGCGAGAUGAGACGUCCUAGCGAAGACGUCAGGAUGGAUGGCAGCGGCGAUUCGGUCAUGGAUGACGAUGAUUUCGAAGUUCGUUCGCGCGGUCGCAGUGAAGAUGAAGAUGAUGGCGUUUUCGGUCGCAUGGAGGAAUGA